AUGGAUGCUUCGGCCCCCAAAGCGAUCCUCACAUCCCAUAAUUUCUCCCAUGCACAAGAGAUCUCGCGUGCCACCUCCCCAGGUGGUGAACCUGUAGUCAUGAAUGGCGAUAGCGAGCCGAAAGCUCGAGUUCGCCCGCGAACCUAUCCAUACUUCAAGUAUCUACCAUACGAGCUCGAAGAUGAGACCGAGCGGGAUCGGACUUUACGCGAAAUCUUGAACCAGCUGUACAUCUCGGUGGAGGCGGGCGACUUCAGCCCCGGAGCUGUGCACUGGACACGCGAGCUGCGAGGAUGGCUGUCCCUCAAAUUCGAUCCGACCCGAAAGGAACGGAUCAAUCUAGUGAAGCUAUAUUUUGAGCUAUCGCUAGCUCCGGGUAUUGACCCUAGUGUAUCGGAGCGGUUCGCUAGCAUGUUCAUGCUCCUCACCAAGCGGAAGCACUAUCUCCGACCGGUGAAGGACCUUGUUCUUGACUGGAAACCACUCUAUAAGGAGCUGAAGGCCUUUGUACUCCCGACCGAGUCCGGCCUGGUUCACUCGACGAAUCUGAAACGGAACGUCAAGACGCUGACGAAAAUGUGCGCCUUCUCUCAGCUAUUCUUCGACCCCUGCGAACUGCCCGCGAUGCUCGAAGAGUUCCUUCCUCACUAUACUACCUCAUUCUCCGAAGGCGCUUUCGUUGUGGCGGGAUUGAUCAACCUGCUGCUCCCGACUUCACCUCCACCUGCUGAAAGAGAAGACCUCUUACCACAAACUCAUCUGCCGACUCAAUUCCAUCUAUGGUCGCUGGUGGGUCGCUCCAAGACAUUUGAUACAACAUAUUUGGACUACUUGUCCAGACUGGCUCGCGAUUCCCUUCCUGCGGGACAUAUUCCAUUUUCUGAGCAUGGUAUAUUCACAAAAGAGCAAUCCUCUCUUAUUUUCACAGCAAUCUUGCGCUUGCUGGAGAUCCCAGUAGGACAAUCUACCUCGCCAUAUAGCGCGUUGGUGGACAUUUCAUCUGGACUGGGUAUCAUGCUUGAUCGGGAUACGCGCAAGCACCCCGUGGCUCAUCAUAUUGCCCGGUGGAUAGUGUUGUCUCUCUCUCCGGCUUGUCUAGAAUCUGAGAACUCGAUUCUCAGCCAGCUGGAGGGUCUGAUUCAGGCCGUCGAAACCUUCUUCCAUCCUUCAAACUCUGGUAGCUGGACAAAGACCCUCUCGCAAUUAGUUUACUAUUUGACUGAUUUCUUCGUCAUGCGUUGGAACCGUGAGCAAAGUGGUGAGAUGGAGGUUCCAGCCGAGCGGCGACUCACCGAGCCUUUGAAGCGACGCUUCGUGUUGUGUCUGAGGGACGUAAUCUUCAUGGGUAUAUAUGCCAAAAGCAGCACUGCGAUGACAUUCUCCUUGUCCACUCUGCAGGGUCUCGCUUACCUCGAGCCGCAUCUUAUUCUCCCCGGUGCAUUGCAAAGAAUCUAUCCUGCUCUGCAAGGCUUGGUCGAAGUUCAUCGGACGACCUCUUCUCUUCGGGCCAUGCAAGUUCUUUCCCGUGUCAUUACGCGGACAAGGGGCUAUCGCUGCCACAUGACCACACUCCUCGGUCUUGCUUUGCCCGGUAUUGAUGCCAACGAUCUCGACAAAUCUCUUCAUGCCCUUUCUUUCAUUCAGUCGGCCUGCUACAAUAUCCCCAUGGUUGAUAUGACCCAGGGAAGAGACGAUGUCAAUUGCAAUAUGCUUGCACUGCAAUGGAUUACUGGAGAGAUGGAACGUAUGGAGGAGCAAGGAACCGACUUGCAAUUGAACUAUGAUACGGAGCUGGAUGAUGAAACCGAGCAAAUGAUUCUGCGGUCAUCAACUUGUGGUUUUGGCGAUUUCACAAUCUCGUUCCUUGGCCGUGUUUUCACUCUUCUCGAGAACCUGCCAGAUGUAACGCGAGUCCGCAAUGGGACUCCCGAGGAGAACAUUGUGAACACGCUCCCAGCCACAUUCAUGCCUCUGCUGGCUUCACUCUCCCCAGAGUAUUACGACAUCGCACUCUCCAAGAUCUUGGAUUUUGUCUCCAAUCAUGUCAUCCACCAAGCACGCGAUGCGAUGGCCUUCAUUUGCAAUGCGUUGUGCAAGGUCAAUCCUGAGAAGGCUCUAAAGCGCUUCAUCCCUGUUCUGACGCAAGCAAUUCGCACGGAAAUUGAGGAGAAUGGUGCCGGCUCUACCAGAACCACAGGCACGGACGUUCUUCCUCGUGACCGUGGCUUGGUCUGGAAUGUCAGUAUGCUCAGUAUGUGCGUGGUUCACGUCGGUGAUGCCGUUCUCGCUCACCGACAAGAGCUGUUUGAUAUUGCAGUCUACAUGCAGCAGAAGUGCCGAGGCAUUCCGACCGUGCACAUCUCAAACUUCAUUCACCACCUCUUGCUCAACCUGACUGGCACCUACACCAGUGACUACUCUCUCUACGAAAAGGAAGACAUUAAGGAAGGUAUUCAGCCAACUCACUGGAACUACAAACCUGAUGUCGAUAACCUGAACAUCAACUGGCACGUGCCUAAGCGAGAGGAGCUUGAAUUUGCCGUUGAGGUCUUCAAGAAUCAGGCCGAGUCCGCGCUGAAGCACCUCUCCGGGCUGACGAAUGAGACGUCCAGCAUUAAGCGGGACGGAAGCGGGAAGGAUUGGUCAGAUGAAGUCACCAGGAACCUUGUCUUACUCCGACUACUCUUAUCUGGUAUCUCCGUGCUUUUCAAUCCCAAGGCUGCUUCGAACGCCUCGGCAGGCGCUCAGAACGAGGUCGAAAUGGGGGACGACUCUUCGCUAUCGACUGGUGUCGGGGAGGAGGAUCCCGAUGCCUCGCUUGAUACUUCGGAUGAAUCGGCGAUCAAAGAGAGCUUCUCUUAUCCUACCGGAUACCCCCUUGACGAAGGAGACAUCUUGUAUACGACGAUUCACGAAAUUCGCGAGCGUGCAGGAUAUGUUUUGCACGAUGUACAUCGAUUCUUGACUGACAAGCAGGAAGACGACGUGCCUUGCUUUGGUGCUUUAUAUUCGGCCUACCGCUCCUGGUUCGUCGACGUUGGCAUUGAACGGUCGGCACAUGUUCUAGAUCGGGUCACUCGGCUGUUGGCAGCUGACAUUCACCCGUACAAGAUGAGCGGAAUUCGCAAAGACUACCCCAGAGCACUGCUCGUGCGCCGGGCGAACGUCUAUCAUCUGCAACGCUUGCGACACAAUGCUGCCCCGCGACCUCGAUCCAAACUCGAUGAGCUUCUGCUCUUUGAUCUUGCCGAGUCUUGCGUCUCUCUCUACACAGAAACUCGUAGGAAUGCUCAGAAUGCCGGUGAAUCGGCUCUCAAGUCGGUUUGGGGUGCGCGAACUCUUAUCAUUCCCCCUCUCCUUAAGGCGCUGCAGAAGGGUGUCAAGGAGAAUGAUCACGCCCGUAUCAAGGGAGCACUGUUCUCUUUGCUGCUGAGCAGUGUCGCAAAGACAGUCGGCCGAAACUGGAAAUAUACACCAGCGUUGAUCCGCACUUUCAUCGAUGCCAGUGCCGUGGACAAGCCUUCCGUGCAAAAGAUAUGCUCCAGCGCUGUUUUCCAAAUCAUGGACUAUGGCCGCGCCAUGGAACGUAUGGCCAUUUUGGACCAGACAAUUGUGGAGGCGAUUGCUCCUGGCGAGGACGUCAAUGGGCAGAUUGAGCAAAAGCGCAAGGUCAUCAAUAACAAGCGUGCUUUGAUUGAGAAGAAGAAGGCCGACCUGGCAGAAGAGCUGGUGAACCUAGCCCGAGUCUCUCACUGGAAGAUUGCCAGUCGCGCCGCGACAAUCGUCAUCACGAUGGGCCUUCGGUUCGACUACAUUGCUAGUGAGAAUUUGAUCGAGCUCGUUACCCUAGGUUCCAUUGAUGAUCACCCGGGUUUGAGAGGCAUGUACUCGCAAGCACUCAUCGCGCUCUUCACCAUGAUCGAUGUCCGGGCUAUCUGCACUCACGAGUACAAGAACUAUAUCCUGGGCCAUCAGCGAUUCCCAUCAAAGAUCAAGGUGGCUACUCGACCGGAUGAGAAGGACUGGACUCAGGAAUACUUGGCAAGCUUUGCCAAGCCCGAUGCCGAAUACUAUGUCGAUCACGACUUCCCCGGUUGGCUGGUAUGGGGCAAGACGAUGCCUGCGUACAAGUCCAACGUCGGGCGCGAUAUUGAAUAUGAUGAAGUGGAGUGGAAUGUGCGGGCGCAGAUGGGCAAACUGUUCACUCGAGAGUGGUUCUCCAAGUUCUUCAUGUAUCUGAAGCAAGAACCGAGGGACCCUUCCGCUGAUAAGUUCCGCAUGUCUUGCGCCAUGAUGCUUCUCUACGCUUUCGAGCUCAUGAUUCGCGAUGGUCUCACUGCUGCUUCGUUCAAUGACAUUCAGGAAGAGAUCCAAGCUGUGUUUGAGGAUGGCAGUGACAAGCACCAGCAUCGUGCUACGGCCGAGAUUCUAGGAGCCUUGAUCAGCUCCGUGACAGACACCAGCGUGGAAAAUCGAGCCCUCGUCUGGGAGUAUUCCUUCCCCAUCGUGCGUAAGAUCUUCACGGACGGUCUUACCCCCGAGAACUCGGGUUACUGGACAACAUUCCUCCACAUGAUCUUGCAAUGUCGUGACCCCCGUCGCGCCUGGCCCUUGGUUGACUGGCUUGCCAGUUUUCGUCUAGACAUGACCACGAAUGCCGCCUUCAAGGAAAGCUCGAAGAUCAAUCUGCUUCAUCAGUGCAUCAUUGAUGCCGGAUGGCACUUCCAGCUGGAGAAACCUAUUGUUGAGAACUUCCUUGGUCAUCUGGAUCAUCCUUACAAGGGAGUGCGUGAAGCAAUGGGCCAAACUCUUGCGACCAUCUACCGCACAAGAUAUCACGAGUCAUACCCUGACCUCAAACACUUGUUGGAGGACCAGAAGGCCGCUUCCUCAGUCGGCACGUACCCUUAUCUCCCCUCCGAUGAGUUCUCCAAGAUGCUCCGUGGCGUCUUCGACCAAAUCGAGCAAUGGCGGCAAGCCAGAACCCCUGGUCAACAGACCCCUUCGUCCUACACCUCUGGUAGUAAGACCGUGCUGCUCUGGCUGGACUCUACUCUGUCUUCCCACGAUUGCACUCAGCUCGUACCCUUCUUCCCUCAUGUCUUCACCGCACAACUCCUGCACAUGAUGGACGUUAAAGAAGACCCCGAGCUGCAAUCUCUCGCCUACCAUGUUUUCCGCCACCUCCCCAACAUCCCUUACCCUGCAGAGAAGAACUCCGAAUUUAUCCAGUCUCUCAUUCGCAUCGGACAGACAUCUCCCUCGUGGCAUCAGCGUCUGCGUGUCAUGAUCAACAUUCAGAUCAUCUACUUCCGCCGACUGUUCCUUUUGGACCCUGCAGAUCGUGACAAGCUCUUCGAGUGCAUUGCCUCUAUGCUUGAAGACCCACAGCACGAAGUCCGCGCCGGUGCAUCCGCUACCCUAUCCGGUAUGGUCCGCUGCUCACCCAUCUUCCUGCGGGACAAGAUGGUCAACAGAUUCCAAGAGCGCUUCACAAGGCUUCUAGCAGAAAAUCCGCUGCCCAAGAAGCCCAGGAACAUCCGAUCGGGCAUUUCCUCUGCGGUUUCCUCUGGCGCAGGCACACCCACUCCCGAGCAUAAUCGACUGAUCAUCGUUCGCCACGGCGCCGUUCUGGGUCUGGGUGCUCUGAUUCAGGCAUUCCCGUAUAAUAGUCCUCCGCCUCGCUGGAUGCCAGAAGCCUUGACAACGCUGAGUACCCGCGCCGCUAACGACCCCGGCGUUGUGGGCUCCAGCGUGAAGUCGAUCAUCAGCGAGUUCAAGAAGACCAGACAAGAUACUUGGCACAUCGAUGCGAAGGCCUUCACCCCAGAUCAGUUGGAGGAUCUAUCGGGUGUCCUCUGGAAGAGCUACUUUGCCUAA